GGGCCCAGCGAGCCGGCGAGGCGGGGGCGGGCCCACGAUCUCCCACAGACCUCCCAUUCUCUAGACCCGAGCGGGAGCCCGGGCGCCGGGGAUCCGGCUGGGCCGGUACCCAUGGCGAGCGCGGCCUGCCCGGGCCCCGGAGACCCUGCCAUGUGAAGCAGGCCGGGGCUGGGGGCCCGGCCAUGGCCGGGGAACGGCCCCCGCUGCGGGGCCCUGGGCCCGGGCCCGGGGAGGCGCCGGGAGAGGGGCCCCCUGGGCCGGGGGGCGCAGGCGGAGGCCCGGGCCGGGGCCGCCCCUCCUCCUACCGGGCUCUCCGCAGCGCCGUGUCCAGCCUGGCGCGUGUGGACGAUUUCCACUGCGCGGAGAAGAUUGGGGCCGGCUUCUUCUCUGAGGUCUACAAGGUUCGGCACCGACAGUCAGGGCAAGUCAUGGUGCUGAAAAUGAACAGGCUCCCCAGUAACCGGGGAAACACGCUACGGGAGGUGCAGCUGAUGAACAGGCUCCGGCACCCCAACAUCCUAAGGUUCAUGGGGGUGUGUGUGCACCAGGGGCAGCUGCACGCUCUUACAGAGUAUAUGAAUGGGGGGACCCUGGAACAGUUGCUCAGCUCCCCUGAACCCCUGUCCUGGACCGUAAGGCUCCACCUGGCUCUGGAUAUUGCCCGGGGCCUGCGGUACCUGCAUGCCAAAGGUGUGUUCCACCGAGACCUCACAUCCAAGAACUGUCUGAUCCGACGGGAAGACCGAGGCUUCACAGCUGUCGUGGGUGACUUCGGGCUGGCUGAAAAGAUUCCUGUAUAUAGGGAAGGGGCAAGGAAGGAGCCAUUGGCUGUGGUGGGUUCCCCUUACUGGAUGGCCCCAGAGGUGUUGCGGGGUGAGCUAUAUGAUGAGAAGGCUGAUGUCUUUGCCUUUGGUAUUGUACUCUGUGAGCUCAUUGCGCGAGUACCUGCAGAUCCUGACUACCUGCCCCGUACUGAGGAUUUUGGCCUGGAUGUGUCUGCUUUCCGGACCCUGGUCGGGGAUGACUGUCCACUGCCUUUCCUGCUCCUGGCCAUCCACUGCUGCAGUAUGGAACCUAGCACUCGUGCCCCCUUCACUGAAAUCACCCAGCACCUGGAAUGGAUCCUGGAGCAGCUGCCUGAGCCAGCCCCUUUCCCCAGGGCUCCCCUGACACACAGUCAGGGGUCUGUUCCAAAAGAGGGUUCCUCUGCCACGCUUCCCAGGCCAGACCCCCGGCUCUCCCGAAGCCGGUCAGAUCUCUUCCUGCCCCCAUCACCAGAAUCACCGCCCAACUGGGGGGACAGUCUGACUCGAGUCAACCCCUUCUCUCUACGGGAAGACCUCCGGGGUGGCAAGAUCAAGCUCCUGGACACACCCAGCAAGCCAGUCGCCCCCUUGCCCCUUGUACCAUCACCGCUGCCCUCUACCCAGCUGCCCUUGGUGACCACUCCAGAGACCUUUGUCCAGCCCGGGACACCUGCCCGCCGCUGCCGCUCGCUACCAUCAUCCCCUGAGCUUCCCCGACGGAUGGAGACAGCACUGCCAGGGCCUGGCCCUCCUGCUGUGGGCCCUUCUGCUGAAGAGAGAAUGGAGUGUGAGGGCAGUAGCCCUGAAACAGAACCCCCAGGACCAGCUCCCCAGCUGCCCCUAGCUGUGGCCACAGACAAUUACAUCAGCACUUGUUCCUCAGCCUCCCAGGCCUGGUCCCCUAGACCAGGACCUCCCCUUAACAACAACCCCCCAGCUGUGGUGGUAAACUCCCCACAAGGCUGGGUUGGGGAGCCCUGGAACCGGGCCCAGCAUAGCCUGCCCCGGGCAGCAGCCCUGGAGCGGACAGAACCCUCACCGCCCCCUUCAGCUCCCCGCGAGUCCGAUGAGGGGCUGCCCUGUCCAGGCUGCUGCCUCGGCCCCUUCAGCUUUGGCUUCCUAUCCAUGUGCCCCCGCCCCACACCAGCUGUUGCCCGCUACCGCAACCUGAACUGUGAGGCAGGCAGUCUCCUCUGCCACCGAGGACACCAUGCCAAGCCACCCACACCCAGCCUGCAGCUGCCAGGGGCACGCUCUUAGCAGUGGGGCCUGUGGCCUCGGGCCUUCUCCUUAGGCCUUCAGGAUGCCUUGAGGACAGAGCGUACACGUUGGACAGUGCCAGCCCUGGAAGGGCUGACUGGCUCUUCUCCCCAUGUAGGGGACCUCAGCAUGGACUCAAGGGACAAGGGACAGAGCAUUUCCUCUCCAAACCCUGGGUUUGGUCUCCCAUGGGGAUCACUGAACCAGACACAGCAUUGCUGACACAGGAGACUAACACGUGCAAGUUAUUUAAAAAUAUUUCAAUAAAACUGCCUGGCUGGCUCCGGGCUGCCCCAUCCGCUUAGCCCAUGCGCCCUCCACCCCAACUCCCUGCAUUCCACUUUGGGAAGUUCUUCCAGAGGCCAAAACAUCUAGAGGCUUCUUCACCACUUUUCCAGGAACAGUCCAAUUUCUGAGACAGAAUUUCAAGCAGGCAGUAGGCUGGCCAGAAGUGUUGGGCAUGGAUAAGCCUUUGGCCAGCACUGUCCAGGCAGAAUAAGGUGACCUUAGGAGCUAUAGGCUGCAGCUGAGAGAUGCAGGACACAGGCACUUGUCGGCGUGAGUACCUGAAAUUCAGUUAAGGACACAGGCACUUGUCGGCGUGAGUACCUGAAAUUCAGUUAAGUAUAUAGUUGACUGUCACUGAGAACCCUCAUCUAGCUUACCCACCUCCUCUCCCGCUCCCUGGACAGCCAUACCACUGCCACCCUUCAGUUCCAGGCCUUCCCUGCCCAAUUUUCCCUAAAGGGGCAGACCAAUCCCUGGAUAUUGUAGUCAUGACUGUCACUCUUAGGAACAAGUUUUCUUCUGACCUCUGACCCUGCUUUCAGCCCCUCCCCCUAAUACCCUUCCCUCCAUGCCUCAGUCCCAUCCCUCAUACUUACCAGCUCAGUGCAAAGAGCCAUCCCUAUCUGGAGAACUGAAAGUUGCCAUCUGACAAAUGCAGGGCAGUAGAGAACUUC